AUGGCCACCAGUGAGGAGUGGCAGUGCAGGAAAUUUGAGAACGGACUGCGGAGUGAUUUGAAGGUCUUGAUUUCCAGUUUGUGCAUCUGGUCAUUUCCUGCUAUGGUUAAGCGAGCCAAGGUUUUGGAGAAGAACAUGGCAGAGGCUGAACGGCUGAAGAGGCAGCAACAAGUGAGUAGGGGACCGAUCGUGUCCAGGGGAGGAGCUGUUCAGAGGAGACCUCCUUACGCUCGUCCAAACCAGCCUUCUCAUGCGAGCGGAUCGCAAGCAGUGGUUCCUGUCGGACAGUCUGGACAAGGAAACGUUGUUUGCUUCCGGUGUGGAGGGCCACAUUAUAGGUCUUCAUGCCCUCAAAUGAUGGGAGGAAAGCACUGCAAUCGUUGCGGAAGGAACGGGCACUUGGAUCACGAGUGCAAUAUGAGCGGACGUGCAGUAAUGAGGCCACCCAAUGCGGGAAGAAAUCAGCCAAGAGGAGGACGAGCCCAAGCGAGUGGGCGUGUGUAUGCUAUAACGAGCGCUGAAGCAGCGAGCUCAGAGGAGAUACUUGGACUUCCCCCUCAUCGUGAAGUUGAGUUCACCAUUGAUUUGUGUAUAGACUACAGGCAAUUGAAUAAGCUGACCAUCAAGAACAAGUACCCAUUGCCAAGGAUAGAUGACCUACUGGAUCAAUUGCAUGGGGCUGUAGUGUUCUCGAAGAUUGAUUUGAGAUCCGGGUAUCAUCAAAUCAGGGUUAAGGAAGACGACAUCCAGAAGACAGCGUUCAGGUCUCGCUAUGGGCAUUAUGAAUACGUGGUGAUGCCUUUUGGAGUAACGAACGCUCCAGCCGUGUUCAUGGAGUAUAAGAACCGCAUAUUCAGGCCUUAUUUGGAUAAAUUUGUGGUCGUCUUCAUAGAUGAUAUUCUCAUCUAUUCCAAGACCGAAGACGAGCAUGAAGAGCAUCUUAGACUUGUACUUGGAGUGUUGCGGGAGAAGGAGUUAUAUGCCAAGUUGUCGAAGUGUGAAUUCUGGAUGAAGGAGAUUCAGUUUUUGGGUCAUGUGGUGUCGGCUGGAGGCAUCUCGGUAGAUCCAGCGAAAGUGCGAGCGGUACUGGAUUGGGAGAGUUCGCGUUCGGUCACUGAGGUGCGUAGUUUUGUUGGACUGGCGGGCUACUACAGACGUUUCAUUGAAGGUUUUGCUAAGAUAGUGGCGCCGCUAACUCAAUUGACUCGUAAAGACCAACCGUUCGCUUGGACCGAUCGUUGUGAGGCCAGUUUCCAAGAGUUGAAAGUGAAAUUGACGAGCGCUCCAGUGUUAGUUAUUCCAGACACGUCUAAACCGUUCGAAGUAUAUUGCGACGCUUCUCACCAAGGUUUGGGUUGUGUUUUGAUGCAAGAGAAGCGAGCGAGGCGUUGGCUAGAAUUUUUGAAGGACUACGAUUUUGAGCUGCUGUAUCACCCUGGGAAAGCUAAUGUGGUAGCGGACGCUCUAAGCAGAAAAGUGGUACAUGUGUCGUCCAUGAUGGUGCGCGAGCUGAGUCUGGUUGAGAGCUUUAGAGAUCUAAGGUUGCAGUUCGAGUUGGAGCUGAGCAGUAUUAAAUGCUGCAACCUCAGAAUAGCAAGUGAGGUGUUCGACAGGAUCAGGAUGAAGCAAAGGGAGGAUGAAGAUUUGGUGUAUAUCUUAAACGCGCUCGGUACAGAUAAGGCUAAGCAUUUCAACACCGGGACGGACGGCCUCCUACGCUACAUGGAUAGGAUGAGAUCGUUCGCUUACAUGGAGUACCUUCGAGCAUCAUUUCCGAUCGAGACACAAGGUUCACUUCACGGUUUUGGCAGUCACUUCAAAGCGAGCUCGGAAGGAGAGAACGUGCUAACUGGACCUGAGCUUAUCCAGCAAACGACCGAGAAAGUCAAACAAAUCCAGGAGAGGUUGAAGACGUCUUUGAGCAGGCAGAAAUCUUAUGCUGAUAAGAGGAGAAGACCGUUGGAGUUCGCUGCAGGAGAUCAUGUGUUCCUUCGACUCAAUCCAAUCACUGGUGUAGGCCGAGCCGUUCGUCCAAAGAAGUUGUCUCCCAAAUUCAUUGGACCUUAUCAGAUCCUGAGGAAGAUCGGACCAGUAGCGUAUGAGCUUGCCUUGCCGCCUCAGCUAUCAAACCUUCACCCCGUCUUCCAUGUUUCUCAACUUCGGAAGUAUAUAGCGAAUCCAUCACAUGUACUGGAGUUGGAAGACAUUCAGCUUCGUCCAGACCGAACGAUGGAACUGCAUCCAGUCCGUAUAGAAGAUAGUCGCACCAAGUACUACAAAGGCAAGGACGUUCGUUUGGUGAAGAUGGUGUGGGACGCUAAGACUGGUGAUUCAACGUGGGAAGUUGAGAGCGCCAUGAAGGACUUGUACCCUAAUCUAUUUCCGGGUGAGUCUUUAAUUUUCGAGGUCGAAAAUUUUUGUAGAUAG